CGCGCCUUUAAUGAUCGGAAACGCUAUCUGCGACAAUACAACACAACCACACAUUACGCACUAUAACAGGUAUAAGGUGUCGAUGCGCUUUCCCAAUGUGGACACACGCAUCGGGGGAGUCUUUACUGAGGGAGGCAGGUGCGCGCACAAACAGGAUCGUCUUCCUCUACUCGGGUCAAAUUGUUGCACAGAGAUUGUCUGAAUAGAUCAUUAUUGGCUCAGCUAGCUUCACCCCUCCCCACCCUCAGCACAGUUUUCUGCUUUGACCACUGGAGGCUCCCAGCAGCUUAUGCGUCACUUCAUCUCUCAGUCGCUGAUCAUGGCGGAGCUGGAGCUACAGCGUGAAGUGGAGCAUCAACUUCUCAACGGGGACGACUUGAACGAGGAGAGAGAAGAUGUGGACGCGUCGGAGUCAGUGAAGAAAAGGAGAAGAAAGAAGAAGAGGAAUAAGAACACUGCGCCAGCAGGGACAAAUGAGGCUGAGGGGGAUGGAGAAGCCGGAGGUGUUGGUGAUGUGACAAAACAGUUGGAACAGCAAACGCUGGAGGCCAAAGACAGGGAGGAGGAUGGAGAAGAAGAUGGGGACGAGGGAGAGAACUCAGCCGGAAAAAAGAAGAAGAAGAAGAAAAAGAAGAAAGGAGUGAAGGGACAGACUGACCCUCCCUCAGUCCCUAUUUGUGAGCUCUAUCCCAACGGAGACUUUCCAAAGGGAGAGGAGUGCGAAUAUCCACCAUCGAAAGACGGGCGCAGUGCAGCGUGGAGGACCACCAGCGAAGAGAAGCGGGCGCUGGACAUGGCCAAUGAGGAGAUGUGGAGUGAUUUCAGGCAGGCAGCCGAGGCACAUCGGCAGGUCCGCUCCUAUGUCAGGAGCUGGAUUAAACCAGGGAUGACCAUGAUUGACAUCUGUGAGAGGCUGGAGGACUGCUCCAGGAGGCUCAUAAAAGAAAACGGGCUAAAGGCAGGCCUGGCCUUCCCAACCGGAUGCUCAAUCAACCACUGUGCUGCUCACUACACCCCAAACGCGGGGGAUACCACCGUGCUGCGUUACGACGACAUCUGCAAAAUUGACUUUGGGACACACAUCAACGGUCGAAUAAUAGACUGUGCCUUCACCGUCACUUUCAAUCCAAAGUUUGACAGGCUGCUGGAGGCUGUGAGAGACGCAACCAACACCGGCAUUAAGUUUGCAGGGAUCGAUGUGCGCCUGUGCGACGUUGGCGAGACCAUUCAGGAGGUCAUGGAGUCUUACGAGGUGGAGAUAGACGGGAAAACAUAUCAAGUAAAGCCAAUCAGGAAUCUUAAUGGCCACUCUAUCGGACAGUACAGGAUACACUCAGGGAAGACAGUCCCUAUUGUCAAAGGUGGAGAGGCCACGAGGAUGGAGGAAGGUGAAGCUUACGCCAUUGAGACAUUUGGCAGCACAGGAAGAGGUGCAGUCCACGAUGACAUGGAGUGCUCGCAUUACAUGAAAAACUUCAACGUUGGACACGUACCAAUAAGACUUCCAAGGGCUAAACAUCUGCUGAAUGUGAUCAAUGAGAACUUUGGGACCUUGGCAUUCUGCCGCCGCUGGCUGGACCGCCUGGGUGAGAGCAAGUACCUGAUGGCGUUGAAGAAUCUUUGUGACCUUGGCAUCAUAGACCCGUACCCACCACUCUGUGACAUCAAGGGCAGCUACACUGCCCAGUAUGAGCACACCAUCCUACUCAGGCCCACCUACAAGGAGGUAGUGAGCCGGGGAGACGACUAUUGAGCAU